AUGGUUGGCCCCCCACCGAACAACGAACUUCUUAAUCUCUAUCGACAAGCCAGAUCGCCUCAGGAAGGCCUUGCAAACGUUGCCAAGUAUGUGGGGGAGUUCAUGGCUCUCCUGCGAUUAGAUAUGGAAAUAUCCGGAUUCUUCGUUGCACCUGUCCCAGGAAACAUUGGCCAGGCUGUCAAUUGCAACGAUCACUGGUUUUUGGGUGCCCCACUCAAAGCUCGUCCCGGUUUCGACCAUCCCGUCGGGGGUUCAUGGCAGAUCCCGGACCCUCCAGUCAUUGCCGCAGCUCCUAUGGAUGUCGACGAUGAGGACUGUUUCGAGGCAUACACACCAGAUGGCCUUCCUCAAACAGUCGGAGGGAACGAGGCGGAUGGGAAGACCAAGACGUCAGCCAGUGCCACGCCGCUCAUUGAGGAAGAGGAUGAAGAUCUCGUCAUUCAUUACGAUGACGCACCUGUCACAAGGGCACUGGGCCGUGCCUUCAAAGACAGUGAAGUAGUUCAAGCCAGGGAAGACAUCCGCCGAAUCCAAGCGCAUCCGGACAGCAUCGCUCGCGAGCUUGUUAAGCUGGACUGGCAUGCACGUAAACGCACUUGCCAUCUUCACAUCAUCGCUUUCAUGUUGAUUUGGCGUGGCAAAUUGGAGGUCGGAUCGUGGACCCAUGGAGAAAAGAAGCGGGUGAUACAAGAUCCAACUGCGGUAUAUGAUGUUCCCCUUGUUGUCGAUUCUCUGGACAAUGAAAUCCGCUUUGGAAGAAAUCUGGAGCCAGAUCAGAUCAUCGAUGCAUCGGACGCGAUAGACACUCCUAGUCCCUCCAGAGAAGGAUCAGUCUCGAUUCGCCGCACCCUCGGAAAAAAAAAGUUGGGCCGACCGCCAAAACUAGUUGUCAAGAUCACGCCUACCCCAACCCCUUCCCUCGGCCCUGAGACGAGCCAUGCCUCUACCUCAGUCUCCGCCGAAACUCCACAGCCCAAACGUCGUGGUCGGCCACCAAAGAAUCCCAAGCCUAAACUACCCGAGGUCAUCCCGGUGCCACAAACACCGCCCGCAGCACCUACACCUCUCUCGCCGAAAAACCCCACGCCUGUAGUCUCGAAGCCCGCGACUCCGCCCUCUCCUCAGCCUAUCCAGCUCGCAGAAGACGUCGAUUUCCACCGUUAUGUCGAAGACCCACGACGGGACAACAAACGGUUCUUCACGGACGCGCAGGUUAUCGAGACCCAGCAAGUUAUCCUCGAUCGUGGGAAAGACCUGGAGCAUGCGAGAGACUGGAUUGAGCAAUUUGACUGGAACACGAGACGCAAGCUAUGCCGAUUACACCUGAAUGCCUUCCUCUUUGAACAACUUGGGAACACAGAGUUUCACGAGAUCCUCGAACGGCUGCACAGGAAAAGGUUGCGGCUUGUCGGCUGGCCACAUAUCUGCGAGCUCCCGGGAGGCCAACAUGUCGGGAACUGGAACAAGCUGCAAAUAGAAGCUCUCUUCACGGCGAUCUGGAGCGAGACGCUCCGUUUCGCCAAAUGGGAUCCCCUCGAGCAAGCGAAAGACUAUCCCUACUUGAUCGAAGACACCCUCGGGGGAAAACACAGUCCCAAACCAGAACAAGUCGACAUUGAGAGGGAUCAUGAUCCUCUGAGCCUGACAUACGGGCUGCCUAUGGACUUGCGCAAGCUGUAUUUGGCGCAUUUGGCCCGGGACCAGGCGCGGGGGAAGGGGAAGGAGCGUGCGGAUGGGUUUGGGUUGGGGGAGCUUGAGGGGGAGGAGGAGGGGGAGAGGGAGAGAGAGGAAACGCCUUCUAGCGAAGGGAGGAGGUAUGGGCUGAGGAAGAGGAGGGAGUCGGCUACUCAUGGCGAGGAGAGGCGGAGGAAGAGGCAGCUUGAGGAGAGGGAGAGUCCGGAGAGCAAGCGCGCUAAGCUGGCGGACUGGAUGGCUCCGUAUUUGGCUAGAGUGGAACGAGAAGACUAG